CUAAAAAGAAACAACGCUAAAGAGUACAAAGUUCCCGCCGGGAUACAGGACGGCCACUCCAAUCUCAACGGUGUCUCUCUCUCUACCCUCUCCUCCUCUUCUCUUCCUCUUCCACUUUCUCUCUCACACACUCACACACUAAAAGCAGACAAACAAACAUGCAAACAAUACAAGCUCUGUAAUGUACAAAAGUAUGCACAUCAGUCUCACUCUCACUUUUACAUAGUGGUAUUUGUAUUACAUAAAUCUGAAAUUCCAACCCCAAUAAACAACAAAUCCUAGAGAGAGAAAAAAUUAAAGGGGAAUGGGUUAGCCGAGCUUCCUUUCUCUCUCUGUCUUCUUUUUUUGUUUUUUCCCUCACUUCCCCCUUUUACGAAAAACCCUAAUUUUCUCUCUCUUCCUCGAUUUUUUUUCUUUUCUGACGAUUUUUAAUGGUUUACUAUUUUUGUUUGACAAUAUAGUACGAGAGCGGAAAAGGCAGAAGGGAGAGGACGAGAUGUAUCGGAGGGUUGAAGGCGGAGGAUCGAAAGCGGUUGGUUUCGUGUCGGCGGCUGAUCGGAAACGGAUUGAUGAAGCCCUAGAUAAGCAUCUCGAACGAUCCUCCCCGUCCACUUCGGCGACUACCACCACCACUGCCACCAUCGCCAGGGCUCUCAACGGGAAAGAUAAUCACCGCUCCUUGAUGUUUAAGUCCAAUGACAAUCAACAUUUCAAGGACGCUAAAGCCUCUGAUGCGGAGGAAUCAGAAACAGACAGUGAGUCAGAUGUGAGUGGCUCUGAUGGGGAGGACACUUCAUGGAUUUCGUGGUUUUGCAACCUUCGCGGCAAUGAGUUUUUCUGUGAAGUUGACGAUGAUUAUAUUCAAGAUGAUUUUAACCUUUGUGGUUUAAGCAGCCAAGUUCCUUAUUAUGACUAUGCGCUUGAUUUGAUUCUAGAUGUUGAGUCAUCUCAUGGAGAUAUGUUUACAGACGAACAGAAUGAGUUAGUUGAAUCAGCUGCGGAGAUGCUAUACGGCCUUAUACAUGUCCGCUACAUAUUGACGACCAAAGGGUUGGCAGCUAUGCUGGAAAAGUACAAGAACGCGGAAUUUGGAAGGUGUCCAAGAGUGUACUGUUGCGGGCAACCUUGCCUUCCAGUGGGUCCUUCGGAUGUUCCUCGUCAAAGCACAGUGAAAAUUUAUUGCCCCAGGUGUGAAGAUAUCUACACACCUAGAUCAAGGUUUCAGGAGAGUAUCCUCUUUGUCCAAAUAUUUUAACGUCUUUUAUUUUCUUAAUAUGCUAUAUUUUUAUUACUGCAUUUAGUUUUAAAAAGAUGGUGGAUGAAUAAAUCUCGUCCUGCAUUUAUUGCUGCAUUUAGUUUUAAAAAGAUGGUGGAUGGUGGAUGAAUAAAUCUCGUCCUUCUGAGUAGUUGACCUUGGCUAAUUGGUUUGACAUACAAGUUAAAUCAUGAUUCAUUUCACACUACAUAGUAUUGUUGGGCUAACGGCUAACCUUGUGAACAGCUAGAAAGAGUAAGAUUUGGGAAAACCUAAUCGUCUUCUAUUUUCUUUUUGGCUGUCCUUUUUUAUGUGGUAUACCUUCUCAAUCACUUAGAUUUGUGAAUUAUGGACACAAAAGCAAUGCAAUCCAUGUCUUUAUGCUGCAUAUCAUGAUAUGGUUAUUUUGCUUGGGUCAGCCCUAUUUUAUUGCUUUCUCUUUGACUUCGACAAGAUAUCGAUGGAGCAUAUUUUGGGACAACGUUUCCACAUUUGUUCUUGAUGACUUACGGAAACCUGAAGCCCCAAAAGCCGGCCCAGGGCUAUGUUCCUAGAGUCUUUGGUUUUAAAGUCCAUAAGCCAUGAAAGCCUAGCUACAAGCUUCAGGCUUUUUGCUGUUAUCGGCAGUGAAUUUUAAGUUGCAGGCUGCCAUAUGUGGGUGGAGUUCUGGGAUGCUCUGAAUUUGUGAGAGCUGGAGUUUCGAGGUCGCAAAAGCAAUUAUUCUGUUUGUCAUAGAGUAGCCGUAAAGGAUAUGUGAAGAAGUGCUAUUCACUUAACAUCUCAAGCCACUAAAUAGCCUCUCAGUAGUAUUUAGAUUUUGAGCUCAGCUGUAAACCCUCUUUGCUUAGUGAUUUUGUUAUCUUCAUUGUUUGUACUAAAGUUUCGCUUCAGUCUUGUCACUCUCCCAUGUAUUCGGCGUUUUAAUUAUCACAUAUUUGUUACAAGUUGUUUUUUUGAAAGUUACAAUUUAGUGGAAACUCAUUAACCGUCCAUGUCGAAAUUCGAAUAUAAGGCCGAGGUGAAGAUUAGCUCAAAAUGUCCCACGAAUCAAAGGCCUUGUAUGUUCUGGAGCCUUGGGUGAGACAAUUAAUUCGAGAUUUGAUCAUUUGUAAUAAUUGAACGUGCAAAAAAAGAAAAAGAAGGUUAGAUUUACGAUUCCUACCAAUUGUAUCCCUUACUUUCUUAAUCAUCA